AAUGGCUUGGGAAGCUGUUGGGAGCUGCAGGGUCGAAUGUGGCAUGGCUGGAGGCUGAGGGGCCAUCUAGGGACCUUACUGGCCCUUCAGCGAAGUUCUGGUUUGGGACAAAAGCAGGCUGAGUAGCCCUCAAGCCUCUGCCUAUGUAACCUCCUAAGAGAUUCACCUGCACAGCUGCCCCUUCUUACCCGGCCUUCCUCUAGGCUUCCUGGGAGAGGACCUCCACAUCUGAUCCCGCUCUGGGACCUGCUGACACCUUGGGUCUCCCCGCUGGGAGGGGGCCUUCUGGGCAGCAGUUCUGACUCCCUGGAGGUGGAGACACGGCCGGUCCCACCUCUGCUCCCAGCUCCAGGCAGGUUCCCCAGCCUGAGCUACGUGGCCAGGGGCAGACUCUGUCCCUCUGUGAGCCUCAGGUUCCUCGUCUGUGAAACGGGCAAAUGACACCCCUAACUUUGUUGUCACAGUAGCUGAUCUGUGUCAGGCAUCGACGUGGGCACACAGUAGGUGCCUACUAAGUGUGAGCUCUCCCAAACAAGAAGGCGGGGCUUGACUUGUCCUUGCCCCACAUCCCAGCCUCCGUCCCCUUGACAGCGGUGGAUGCGGCGUGUGCCGAACUGAACUGUUCUCCUCACGACACCCCUGCCCGGCUGGGCGCCAGCCCCCAUGCCAAGCAUGGAGGGGCACCAGGGAGAGAGAGGGGAAUGGAGGCUGGGACAGAUGGCGCCCUGAAGUGUGUGGGUCACGUCCGAAUCAGGCAGCGUCCCUGAACCCUGGCGCUGGGGGAAGUCGCCAACCUGUGGCCAGGGCGGGGCUGAUAAGCCCCAUCAAUCACCUGGCUCUCCCACCCCGGCCUCCAUCCCGCUGCUUAGCUGCUUCCGUGUCUCUCCCACCCCGGCCUCCAUCCCGCUGCUUAGUCACCUCCGUGUCUCUCCCACCCCGGCCUCCAUCCCGCUGCUUAGCUGCCUCCAUGUCUCUCCCACCCCGGCCUCCAUCCCGCUGCUUAGUCACCUCCGUGUCUCUCCCACCCCGGCCUCCAUCCCGCUGCUUAGCUGCCUCCAUGUCUCUCCCACCCCGGCCUCCAUCCCGCUGCUUAGUCACCUCCGUGUCUCUCCCACCCCGGCCUCCAUCCCGCUGCUUAGUCACCUCCGUGUCUCUCCCACCCCGGCCUCCAUCCAGCUGCUUAGUCGCCUCCGUGUCUCUCCCACCCCGGCCUCCAUCCAGCUGCUUAGUCACCUCCGUGUCUCUCCCACCCCGGCCUCCAUCCAGCUGCUUAGCCGUCUCCAGGAACCUCAAGGAAGGUAGCUCUCCUGCUGCCAAGAUGCCAUCGCCACAGACAGAGACUCCUGGGCUGGAGCUGCAAAGUCCCAAGGAGGCUGAGGAGUCGCAGACUCCAGCCCAGGGCUCCUGGCGAACAAGCAGCAGGAAAGAGCCCAAUGCCCACUGCAAGGAUGGCACAAGGCUGGGCCUGGGCACCUUGAGGCAGGCCUUCUCCCGGGCCAGCCAACGGGCUUUGACCCAGGUCUCCAAGGAGGAUACGGGCCUGUUCCGGCCAAGCUCCUGCUCCCUGUUCCGGUCCUUCCGGCAAGCCCUGGAUGGGGGCCCAGCUGCCGGCCAUGUCCAGGCCACUCCUGAGGUGCCCUCGGGGGUCAUGAACGGUGUCAGCCAGCAGGCAUCCACUGGGGCAGCGUCUGAGGAACUGAAACCCGAGGCAGAAGGCAAAUCCGUGGCCGACCUCAUUACUGAACGGCAACUGCUGGCGGCCUUCGAACAGCUUCUGCGCCUGGAGACACGGCUGGUGGCGGAGAAGGCCUCGCGCACCUUUGAGCAGGACCCCACGGCCUUCGCGCGGCGCGCCAUGGACGUGUGCCUGCAUUACGACGGACUGGCAGCCGAGCUCAGCGCCAUCGUGCGCGAAACGCUGGGCAGCGACGGCGUGGACGCGGCCGUGCUGGCCGAGCUGGCCCGCGUGGUGAACGCGGAGGAGGAGGCCCACCGCUCGCCCCCCGACGACGGCGACUUCCUGCGCACGCCGCGCCACUGGCGCCAGCACUGGGAGGAGGCGGUGCGGCGGAGCGCUCAGGAGCGCGUGCGGCGGCCGGGCGCGGGGUGGGCCUCUGCGGCGGCGGAGGGCGCCUCGGGGCUGGCCCAGCUUCUGGCAGAGCUGGGCGGCUCGGUUCGCCGGGAUCUGCAGAAGGUGCGGCAGGAGGUGCAGCCCGCUUAUGCGGCGGCCGGCUUCCCGGCGUGGGAAGUCUAUCUGCGCGCCUUCCACAGCGCGGUGGCCCAGCGCCUGCAGGAACUCGCGCGCGACGCCCGCGGCUGCGAGCAGCUCUAUGUCCUGCUAGACUGGGCCGCCAACGUCUAUGGCAGUCCUGACUUCCUGGGCCCCCCGGGCCUGGCGCUGCCCGCCGAGCCCCUGCCCCCGCUCCUGGCGCCCGACGUGUGGGCCCGACUGGAGAGCGACUACACCAGCUUCCUGGAGGCCAAGAUCGCAAGCUGCUUCGACAACAUCUUGCAGCUGGAGCAGAGUCACUGGGCGGCCGCCGAGGACCCCGAGGUGCUGCAGGGCCUUUACCAGGCGCCGCUCUCCGUGGACGUCCACAUGCUCGUGGCUGAGCACGUGAAGGCGGCCGGCGCCAUCUCCGCGGAGCUGGAGGCCACCACCCUGCGAAUCUGCACACGGGCGCUCGGCCUCUUCGUGCCCAGGUUUGAAAAGGCUUUUCUGGCGUCGGAGGCGGUGAGCGAGCCCCACCUGGGCGCCUACAUCAACGCCUGCGAGGAGCUCAGGACCGGUAUUCUCUCCAGGUUCCCAGGAACUCUAGAGGAGCUGGAGAAGCCCCUGGUGGCGGCCACCUGCAGCUUCCAGAAGCACCUGCUUCAGGGCUUGCAGCGUGAGUUGCAGCCACUCUUCAGGGUUGUGUGCACCAGGGACUGGCUGACGCAGGACUGGCUGCGUCCCCUCAUGGACAAGGUAGUGAGGUUCACCGGUCAUCUCCAGCGUGUGGCCCAGCCACGGGCACAGGAGACUCUGCAGGAGGUGCACCGGUUUGUGGUCCGCGAGUACCUGGCACAGGCGCUGAGGCCACGGAAGCGGUUCUGGGCCAUGGAGCGCAUGCGUGGCUCCCAGAAGAUGAGCCUGGAUGCCCAGGCCAUCAGCGACACCUUCCAGGGCCUGGGUUCCGAGGCCACAUGGUUGGACCAAGCCAUCCAGUGUGUGGCCGAGAUCCUGGGCGAGACUUACAAAGACGACAUCCAGCGGCACCUGGAGACUCUCAUCCGGAGCUACCCCGACAUCAGGCGGGACCACAUACUGGCCAUCCUGGCGCUGCGCCGACUGGGCUGCCGGCGGAACCAGCAUCUCUUGCAGCACACCCAAGACUUGCUGAGAGCUGCAGCUGGGGUGGUGGGUGCGGAGGCUCCCCGGGGCCGUGUGCUCUUUGAGGAGAUCAAGGUGCCCAGUGCCAUAGCUGUGCGAAUCACCUGUAUCUAGUUCUCUCUGGCUCGAGAGGGGGCUAGCCGGUGGCAGGGGGCUGUGGUCAGUGGGGUUCAGCCAAGAGCCCAGGGAGUCACUCUGGGCCCUGCCCCCAACUCUGACACUGCAGUUAGGGAAUUUUUGUCGUCAGCAGCCAAGCACAGCUGUCCGGCCAGAAGGAGCAGCCGUGCAGGAGGCAUUUCAGGCAUUGGUCGGGAGCGUUUUGGGGCCGCAGAGCUCUCAGUGCUGCCUGUCAUGGAGAGCCUCCCACCCGACUGUCCGGCUUCCCCCUCCAGUCUGAAAGUGAAGAGCAGAGUAUUUAUUUAAAAAAUAAAUGUGAAUUAAAA